CACGUAGCUACUUGUCUAGCCAUCAGCAAUCGUAUCACAUAUGUGACGAUACGGUGAGCCAUCCUCCUACACCCUAUAGAUAGUGGAGCAUAUGCACUUUGAUGUACUAAUCUUCCUAGUAUAUCGCUAUAUAAGCAUUUGAUACUAACUAGAGUGAAGUACAGUCCAUCGCAGCACUCUCAAGUACCCAGAACUGAACAAAUGACCGCCACCAAAGAGUUUACCCGCCAGGAAGUGGCGCUUCGAGACGGCAAGAACGGUAGUCCAAUAUGGAUCAUCAUUCGCGACGUAGUGUACGAUGUGACCAGCUACGUGGACGAACAUCCGGGAGGGCCAGAACUGGUCACCGAUUUCGCCGGCCGGGACGGAACGAAGGAUUUCGAUGACUUUGGCCAUUCCAGUACGGCGAUGGAGAUGCUGAAGCAGUACAAAGUCGGCGAGUUGAAUUAUUGUGAUCGAGCUAAAUUUCAAAAGCAAGGAUCGAAUUGGUCACCGGAUGGAGCUUGUGUUCUGCCGGACAAGAAACGCAGCAAGAAGCGGAAGUUUAUUUUCUGUGGAUAAAUUGACUAAGAUAUAGCCGAUGGAACGUUACAGAUUGAUAAUUAUUCGUUUAAGAAACUAAGCUACUUUAUUUAUUCUAUUUAAGUAAUUUCUUGUUAUGAUAGCUCAAAUAUACAUUACGUUU